AUGCCAUCUUAAAAAUUAAACACUAUUAAUAAAGCUUAAUCUCAUGAUUCUAGGCAACAGCCAUAUGUCUAAUAGCAAAAUUAAUAUGAUCGAUUGCAGUAAAAUUACCCUGAUUAGUCAAGAGCCUAUUCUAAUGAUUAGUAUAAUCAGGCUUAUAAUGAUACAAGAAUUAGCAAUACAAGCGCUAGCUAUAUCAGGAAAAAUGAGUAAAACUUAGCUUAUGAAAAGUUUAAAGAGGAAAGAUUGAAUAUGGCACAGUCAAACUAAUAUUAAUCUCAAUUGGCAAUGUAGAGAUAGCAAUAGCCUUAAUAAAUAAAAUAAAACUAGAAUAUUGAGAGAAAUUACUCUCAGCAAUCUUUUAAUCCAGUUCAACAGGAGGAUAAAAAUAAGUUGCUUCUUGAUUAUGAAGUCAAUAUGCAAAGAAACUAAAAGUAAAUAGCUAAUUCUGGUGUUUAGCACAAUGCUAACAGUAACUAAGAAGAGAAUGAAGAUGAAGAAGAGGAGGAUGAAAAUUCUGAUGGAAACGAUGUUGAUGAUCUUGAAAAUAUUGUCAAUAAUCUAAAAGCUGAAAUAUAAAAUCUUCAGGUUCGAUUCCAAAGUCAGAAUAAAAGCCCUCAAAAAUAAAAUUUAAAUUAGUAACUCUCUAAAUCUAACAUAAAUAAUAACUAGACAUAGCCAUACAUUCCUGUUCGACAAAAUUUUAAUGAUGUAAAUAACCUCAACAACCCCUCUGAAAAGUAUAACACCUAAAAUUUAAUCAGAAACAAAAGUGAUUUACAGAACAGCUCAGAGUAAACUCAAUUAUCCUAGCAAAUUCCUAAAUCAAAUUAAUAACUUAAGCAAUCCCCCAGAUUUAUCAACCCUAAUACCAAUUAGAAUAAGCAAAAUAGAAAGUACCCAGCUUAGCAGCUAAGUUUCUUAACAAAAUCUCAAGAGAAAAUAAAAAAGAACUCUAAAAAUCAAUCACCUAAGGAAACUAGAUUCCUACCAAGUAAUAAUACUAAUAAGAAUUUCAACUCAUUGUAGCCGAGAAGGACUAACUAUAUCCAAAAGUAACCGAUUCAUGCAUAGUAAUUGCAGACUUCAUAAUAAUAGCAAAAGUAGUAACAGCCUUUAACAUUAUAAAGACCUAGAAAUUUCAAUACAUUAAAUACUUAAAAUGUAAGUAACAAUUAUCAAAGACCUCACUUUAAUAUUACUGAUCAGAAGCCAGAGUAAAAAUAUUAAAACUACAUCUCCUCUUCGAAGGACAUGCCUUUGACUUACAAAAACAAGAGCAUUAACUAAGAUUUAAUGAGCGAAACUAAUGAUAUUGAAAUGAGAUUAGAUCCCAAUAAUGAUACAGUAGAGGAAAGAUUAUUUAAAUUUUCUCCUCUAAGUAGCAAGAAAUUCGAUGAAGAGGAUCAUAACGGGGGUAGCUAGAGAUCAUUUCAAAAUAAUUCAAUCAUAAAUGAUACUAGCUCUUUGAAUUACAAUUCAAACUCAUAAUAUGCUGACCAAACUCCAGUAGGCUAAAAGAAAAGAUCAAGCUUAAAUAAUACAUAAAUCAAGAACAAUUCAAAUUUAGAUGGUUAUAAUCCUCUAAGAUUGUCUCAAUCACCAAUUCAAUCUUCUUAAAAUAUGAAGCAAUUUCAUAGAAACGCCAAUAACUACUCAAAAAUUUCAAAUGAAAAUGAAGAUAUUAUGAAUACCUCAACAGUCUCCUAGCAGAAUACUUAGACAUAUGUUUAGUAAUAGAGAUUUUUCAAUGAACAAUAGCAAUUGUAGAAGUAAAUACCUGCUUCAGUCAUUCAUCACUCAAGAGAGAACAGCAUGCCCCCGAUGAUUUAUAAGAGAGAAUAAACACCUUAAACUGCAAUUAGAAAUCUUUCUAAAAUAGUAGUUUAAAGCACAAAUCAGUCAGUUUAAACAGAACCCCGAGGUCCUCUAAUGCUCUCUCCUUUUGAAACCUAUGAUUUGUUAUUCGUUAGAGAUACCAUUAAUAAUCUAAACUUUGACAAUGAGAUAUUGAAUCAAAAUGUUGAAGAUUUGAAAUCAGGGUUUUUAUAUCUCUAUCAAAAGCAUAAAGACUUGCUCUAUAACUAUAAUAAAGAACUAUAAAAUAAGCAAAUACUAGAAAAUUAUCGCAAAAAAAUAGCAGAGCUUAUUAUUCAAAACUAAAAGACUGAGGCUUAAAAUCUCUAACUUUAAUUGAAGGUUAAAAGCAUGACUGAAAUUAUUUAGCUUUCAACUAAUGAAUAAUUUUUUUCAAUGCAGGAUGACUAAAUAUUAAUUGAAUAAUUAGAGGAGGAAAAUAGGAAUUUAAGACAGUUAAUAUCGAUUUCAAAUUUUGUAAACUAGGAAGUCACUAUUGAAGAGGUAGAAUCAGCUUUAAAGGAAGAAGAAAAAUUAGUGUAGGAAUUUGAUUAUCAAUUGAUGCAGACUGAAAAUCUCAGAAAGCUUUAAGAAUUGGAGAAGAUAAGGAUGGAACUCAGUUCAGAUAUCGAGGAAAUUUUAAGACAAGAAUACGAGUAGAAGUUUCAAAAAUUAGCUGAGGAGACUGCUCAACUUGUGAAGGAGAGUGCUGAUUUCAAUAAGAAUCUACAAAUUAAGCCAGAGUAAUAAGACGUUGAGACACAGAUAUUUAUCAAUGACAAUUUCAAGAAUUCUGAAGAAAAUCUAUUGACUGAAGAGGCAAAUGAUGUAUCAAAUGAAAGUCAAAGAUUAAUUAUUUAGUAGAAAUGUUCUACGAACUCUACAAAAAAAUUAAUAAAGAAAAACUUUCAAAAUAAAGACAAAUAAUUAAAAGAUGACACAGCUGAAAAUAAUAAGUAUAUUGAUGAUUUACCUUACUUAAAUGAAGUCUAAUAGGAGCUUUUCAAUAAAGAAAAUGAUUAAAGAUCAUUAGAAGAAGAUAAACUGAAUGAUGAUGACGAGUUUAAUGAGUAUUUUGGAGACUAGCCAUUAGAUGAGGAAGAAAAAUAGUUCAUAAGAGAACUAAAGCUAAGAGAGAAAAGAGAGAGCAAUACACUCUAAGAAAAGAACAUAGAUAGCUAAAAUAAACUUGAAGAUUUUAAUAAAGAUUUAAGCAUCAGUGAGAGUGAGGAGGAAGACGAAGAUGAAAAGCAAAUGAAGAAGCUUAUAGAGAUUCAAAAAUAAAAUGAUUUUUACUAAGUUGAUGAUGAAGAGGAUGAUGAUGAGGAGGACGAUGAUGAUUUUAUGUACGAGCAAGGAAUAAACUAAAAUAACAAAGCUAUAUACGAAUAGAUCAGAAAAUAAAAAGUGGAUUAAGAAAUGUAAAAUGAUGGUAGACUGAUUAGAAGAAACAGAAGUGAUGGUGAUGGUGAAACUAAUAACCUCAAUUAUAAUGACUAUAUGGAUGACUUCUAUCCUGAAGAGGAUGAGUUUAAUAAUAUUCAUGGCGAGGCAGAUAAUUUACAUGAAACUGAUUAGCAAGAUGAUGUACUUGACCAAUAAGAUGAAUAAGCAAGAAAGGAGCAACAGUUUAGAUAAUAGUUAUUUGAAUCGGGUCUUCCAAAAAUACAUGGCAAUGGGCAGCAGUUUAACUUCGAUGAUGAUGAUGAUCAAUUUUUAAAAGAUUUUACCUAGGAUUUCCAAUAAUAACUUGAUGGUUAAAGUAAAAUGAAUGAAGAAUAAUUUUUUGAUGAUUUAAGUGGUGGAAGAAUCAAUGGUUUAGAUAGUAGUAAAGUGAGGUAGCAUCACAUAAUUGAAAGUGACAAAGGAGAGAUUCUGUUUGAUUUAUAAAGAGAUGAAGAAAAGGAAGAGGAGUAUGACUAUUUCAAUCAAUAAAAUGAAAACAUGGUUGGUAAUAAUGACUACCAUAUAAUGGAUGAAAACAUUUAAAACAAUGAUGAAGAAGAGGAAGAAAUGCUUGACGAUGAAGAAAAAAAGGAAAGAAAUCGAUUUAUGCUUAAAGAACUACAAUAAAACUUCGAAAAAGAAGGAGACCAAUAGUUCAACUAGAAUUGA